AUGACAUCGUCUGAGAAGAACUGUGUACCAAAACUGGAGAAGCAAAAAGAUUGCAAAGUUUAUUCUCUCCUAGAUUUGCCUGAGUGGACCUUGGAUUGCAUUCUCGAGUGCCUUUCACCACUGGAUUUGUUUACAGUGGCACAAGUGUGUACCAGUUUGAGGGACAAAACAAGAAGUGAUGCUUUGUGGGAGAAAAUUAUCAAGCAGAAAUGGGGUAGGCUUCUUGGUGAUGCUGCUCACCAAGAGUGGCUGAGGCACACAACAAAAAUAAACACACAAAGCCACUUGUUAUUACAGCAGAAUCAGAGUGGAUUAUGUGGCUCUUUCAGUGGUGUUUGGCCUUUUCUAAGCUUUCAUUCUUACUUGGAAAACUUUGUUGACUUGAUCGGUUUGUUUGAAAAUUGUUCCAAACUGGCUUUGUACGUAUCUCUAGAGAGUGGCCGCUUCUGGUUUCCUGUUCAGGUCUUCAAGACUGGAAAUCGAAACCUAUUCUGUCGUGAUGUCAUUGUCAGCUAUGACUCUAGAACAGAUACCUUUCAAGCAAGGUCUCAAACAGGUGGGUGGCAAAUGAUUGAGGAAAAUGUUCCAUGGGAUAGGUUGAGAAUAUCACCAGUUGAAACUUCUCAAAGGGUUUUUUAUAUGUCUAACUGCAUGAAUGAUUUGAAACCAGGAGAUCAAAUUGAGAUUCAAAUGAGAAGACACGUAGAUUCCCAUUAUAAUUGGUGGUAUGCUGUAAUUGGUCAUCUGGAAACAUGUGAUGAAGAUGUGAAUCAUUGCCAAUGCCAAUAUAAUGACAUGUUGGUGGUGGAGUUCAAGCAAUAUCAGUUCCACAGUAGAUGGAGAAGAGCAGUAUUGAACAGAAAGGCGCAUGAGGAACAAGGGUCUAGGCCUCGCUGGUUCGGUGGAAUCAGAAAACUUUAUAAGGAGGAGGAGAUUCAAAGGUGGAACAAUGCCAUUGAAUCUUGA